AUGCGUUUUCUGGCUAUUCUCACCUUUCUCAAGACCUCAAGGGCCCUGCUUGUACCUUCUCCGCCAGGCCCCUAUGAUGUCGCCGUCAAAAACUUUGAGCUAGUCGAUACAAACCGUAUCGACACCUUUGCCCCCAAAACCAAUGCCAAGCGCCGUCUCAUAGUCUCGGCCUACCUCCCUAUCGACACCCAAUACGGCUGUAAAGAUGAGACUGUUCCGUAUGUGCCUACCCUUACAGCAAAGGCCUAUGGCAAGGUGGCUGAAACUCUUGGCCUGCCCGACAACAUAGUCGAGGACUUUGAGAUGAAGGUCUGCAAUAUCUUAAGUGUCAAGCCAAAGAGGUUCCACAAGCCGAAGAAGGAAUAUCCCGUCGCGCUUUUCUCACCAGGUUAUCAAGGUUCAAGGCUUGUGUACGGGGCCAUGGCAAGGUCACUUGCAAGUCUUGGGUAUAUCAUUCUCACCGUGGACCAUACUUAUGAAGCCUUCGUGGUUGAGUUCCCUGAUGGGACGGCUGCAACUGCUGCUGAGUUUCCGGAUAACAUGAACUCGACGUAUCGACAGCUCGAGGUCCGAACUAAAGAUGAGUCCUUUGUCAUCUCUCAACUCUGCAACCAUACGCUCGUGGAGCAGGUCUUCAGAGACUUCCCCGGUACCUUUAACCCUCACAAAGUUGCGGUAUACGGGCAUUCCUUCGGUGGAUCAACUGCCGCCGUCACAGCCCAGCGUGACCGUCGUGUCAUUGGAGGUCUCAACUUUGACGGUCCAAUGUACGGUUCCGUAGUUGAACAAGGCCUGAAGCGCACGCCUUACAUACUUGUUGGAACAAACAUGACGUCUGAUCCGGUUCCUGGUUGGAAUGCAUUCUACAAAAAGAUCGACGCUCCCAAGAUGGAGGUGGUGGUGAAGCACACGCGUCACUAUGCAUUCACAGAUGUUCCGUUGCUUUUGACCGAGUUCAAGAUUCCGUCCGAGUCAGAAGCUAUGGUGCAUGAGGUAUUUGGGACACUUAGUGGAAGAAAGGUUGAGAAGGCGGCGAAUGAGAUUAUGGUGGGGUUCUUGGACCUGGUGUUCAAGAAAAAUACCAAGAAGCUCAACGCUAUCGGCAACAAUGACGGUAUCAAUGUUCUUCAGCGUGAUCUUGCAUAA